UGUUACCUUUGAUUCCUUCAAAAAAAAAAAAAAGUGUUCCCUUUGAGACUAUGGAGGAAAUCAACAGCACAGCUAUGAACGUAUCAUCAAGCAGCAGCUGGUUAUCGGAUUUGGAAAUGGACGAAUACAAUUUAUUUGCUAAGGAAUGCAACCUGAAUUUCCUUGAUACUAGUGUGGAAGAUUUUCUUUCACAUGACAUAACUAUUAAUGUCUUCCAAGAACAAAAUAAACAACAAUGUUUAACUUCAGGGUCCACUUCCACAACUACUCUCAGCAACACAUUUAGUGAUGAAACAAAGUUGGAUUGUUUUGACUUCAAUAUUGAUAAGACUAUUAUGGAGAUGAAAACAAUUGAUCAUAGUGACAAAAUCAAUGAAACCUUUACCCAAAAACGUUCUUCAUCUUUUCAAGUUCAAAUUCCAUCUUUUGACAGCCCCCCAAAUUCACCUACUACUAGUUCCCAACAAUACCCUACCUUAAAUUCAAUACAAAAUGAAAGAGUUUCAGUGUCUCCAACCGAAUUGGAAAAUAAGAAUCAUUCAACAAAAACCUCAAAAACCUCAAAAACCAAAAGGUCUCGUGCUAAUAAUGGUGAGGAUCAUAUCAUGGCAGAGAGAAAGCGAAGAGAGAAACUCACCCAAAGCUUCAUUGCUCUUGCAGCUCUUGUUCCCAACCUUAAAAAGAUGGACAAAUUUUCUGUAUUAGUUGACACUAUCAAAUACAUGAAAGAGCUUAAAAAGCGUUUGGAAGUUUUAGAAGAACAAAACAAGAGAAUAAAAACAGAAUCACAUGUGAUUCUGACCAAACCAGACCUUUGCAGCGAAGAUGAUUCCUCAUCAUUUGAUGAGCACAAUGAAAGUGUUGUUGGUUCAAUAUUUCAAGUGGAAGCAAAAGUGUUAGGGAAAUAUAUGUUGAUUCGGAUCCAAUGUAAAGAAUACAAGGGGCUUUUAGUGAAAAUUAUGGUCGAGAUCCAAAGAUUUCAACUAUGUAUUGUCAACAGUAGUGUUUUACCCUUUGGAGAUUCUAUCUUCGAUAUUACUAUCAUUGCUCAGUUGGGUGAAGGCUACAACUUGAGCAUAAAGGAACUUGUGAAGAACAUACGCAAAGAAGCAUUGAAGUUUAUGUCAUCACGAUAACAUGAGCACGAGCACGAGCACGAGUGUUGUUAGUUGUCGGCAAACAAAAUUCGUUAAAUCGUAUCUUUGUUCCUAUUAGAAGAUGUAAACCUCUGUUUCUUUUUUAAUUCUUAAUUACGAUAAUACUAAUAUAUAUUAAACAAAUAACAAUAAUCUUAUUAUUAUCGGUUUUUUUUUUUGUAAUAAUUAGUGUAUCCAUCUGUGCGAUGAACAGGAUAAAAUUAUGUUUAGGAUGAUUCUUUUUAGUUUAUUAUUUUAGAAAUGAAGUGAAAUUAAAAA